AUGGAUAGUUUUUAUGAGGCACUCAGUGACGUAGUUGUUAGAGUAAAGGACAAGGACAGUGUUCUGCUCAUGGGUGAUUUUAACGCCAGGAUUGGAAAUCGAACAGAAGGGUAUGAAAAGGUUAUGGGUAAAUUUGGAGAGGAUAUGGAGGCCAACAGGAACGGGAAACAGCUCUUGGAUUUCUGUGCCAGUAUGGGCUUAGUAAUCACAAACUCCUUUUUUAAACAUAAGAACAUUCACCGGUAUACUUGGGAAGGCAGGGGAACCAGAUCUGUCAUUGACUAUAUAAUAACAGAUCAGGAAUUCAGGAAGGCUGUGAGGGACACACGUGUAUUCAGGGGAUUCUUUGAUGACACUGAUCAUUAUUUAAUCUGCAGUGAAAUUGGGAUUGUGAGGCCAAAAGUGCAGGAGUUCAUUUCCCACAUAACUAACUAUUAUGUGACAUCAAAAACAGCACCAAAACUGGCAAAAAAGCACCAAAAUUGGCAGAAAAGCACUGUAAUGGGCAAAAAACAGCACAAAAAUUGCUUUUCUGUUACAUAUCAUGUUGAUACUCCAGGGCAGUAUAUUGCAAAAGAACUCUAA